AUGACAAGAGGUAAUCAAAGAGAAAUCGAUAGAAAGAGAUCGGAGGCCAGAAAAGCAUCGGGACCAAAGAAAGGUAUGGAGGGUAGCAUGGUUGAUAGAAAAGAGAGAGACAGAUUGGCAGUAUUAGAAAAACAAAAAGCAUUUGAUGACCGAAAAAAGAAAGAGGAGGAAGAUGCUGCAGCCAAAUUAAAGAAGUGA